CAAUUUCAGUCGAAGCGCGUCAGGCAGACCGAACGAGCGGGCGGGUGGAUCAAACGAUCGAGGCAGCGAGGAUCGGUGUCGGCGCCUCUCUGGAUUUUUCAAUCUUCGGCCAAGAGACAGAAAGAAAAGGAAGGAGAGAGAAUAUAGCUGCAAGCGCGCUCGGUCUGAAGUUUGCGCGCGGUAUGAACGUAGGUGCAUACCAUGUGGCUCCCUUCGCGCGCCUUCGUCCCCUCCCCGCCUAAGCUGGUGCUGCGCGCGUUAGUACAGCACAAUUCAGCGUCAUUCAGUCAGUUUUUCUCAUCGCGCGUGUUCGGUUCGUUGUGUGUAUCGCGCGUCGUGGGAUUCAUCCGGCGAUUGUAUCAUUAGGAUUCGCGGGGCGAGUGAUUUUUCCGCGGAUUCAGCUGGAGCGACUCCGUGUUCAAGCAAAAAAUUCGGCAAGUCGAGUGUAAAUGGCGACGUUUGCGGAACUUUCGGAGCCUCGACGGUUCGCCCAGGCAGGUAAUUAGUGAGAAGAUAUCUCGACGUUGACUUUCGAGAUGGUCCUUCGCGAGGAUAUACGACGUUUGCCGGAAUAAUUACGUGGUAACACGACGACGAGACGAACACCGGCGUCUGCAUUUGUGUACGUGCUGCGCGCGCGCGCGCGCACGGGUGUGUAUGUGUAUGUGUGUCGCCAUGAACGAAAAUCGAUAGGAAGGAAAGGAUUGCCCUCGCCUGCGAUCGAGAAUGGAAUUCGGGAGCUACAAGGGCACCGGACCCCGCAUUAGGGUCCGCAGGCGAGCCGAAUUGGGCAGACGGCUCACCAGGAGGCUGUCCCUCGUCGCGAAAAUGCCGGCUGCGAUUCUCAGUAAGGCGAACCAACCAGAGCCGAGACCGGUCGAGAUCACGGCGAUUGCACCUGACAAGACGCAGCUCACGUUAUCAGCCUCAUCGCCCGGAGCUAUUUCUUCCGUGGUCGCCCCGAUACUACUGAAAUAUCGAGUAUGCAGGCCUCGAUUGCUGCUUGCAGGCUCAAGGGCCGAGGUUGAUCCUGCAGCCGAUGUAGCUCUUUUACACGGCGAAGUUUUACUUAUCGAGGAUUUCGCCCGACAAUACAAUGCAAUUGGAGAUACAGAUCGCAGGUACAGAGCCACAGAGAAGUUGUUACAUGCGGAAGAAGAAUAUCAUGAAAUAUUGUGCAGUGCCAAAGAAUUGUAUGCACGUCCGUUGGCACGAAGUUACCCCGAAUUUCACGAUGUUAUCUUUCAACCCCUCGCAGAUUUAUCGCGGGUCAGUGCGGAACACUGCCAAAGGAUCCGUGGUAUACUUGAGAAUUGGGACAGCAGUACCUUCAAGUCGAGUGACUUAUUUCCCGGCUCGUUUUGGAAUUCUUACUGGGAAUACUUGGAGAGAUACAGCGAGGCUAGAAGAACAUUGGAUGAGCUGAGAGCGACCGAGGACCCUCUGUUGCACUUUCUCAGCCUUAGACAGGCGGCCGCGAGACACUCGCCCUCGUCCUUACUUCUCUUACCGGUGCAGAGGCUUGCCGACUACGAGAGGUACUUGGGACAGGAAGCGAGGACUUUGAUAGAUAACGAAUGCAUUGACAGCGGGACAGUUUUGCACCGUGGUCAAUUAGAGGGUGAUCUUCAUCGUAUCCAGGAAUUGUUUCCCGGCGAUAACUUGCGAUUACACGAGCGAGAUGUCGUCACCAUGAAAAUGAAGAACAUAUUACGUAAAAGGAAUAGCGGUACUCCAGCUAGAUUAACGAGAGGACUCUCUCAGAAGACUCUGGAUAUUCCGGAUAAUUCCCCAUCUCCAAAAUCGCCAACUCGAACUUUUCUCUUGGAGACACCAGUCCAAUUUACCACGGGCAUGCAAUCUCAGGAGAGGCAUCUCUUUCUCUUCACUGAUCUUCUGCUGAUCGCGAAAGCACGCAGCGGUGGAAACUUCAAGUUGAAGCAGACCGUGAGGAUGAGCGAGCUCUGGCUCACAUCGGGUCACAUAGAGGACGUGGCAGAAACCAGCAAAUCCGCGGAAACUAGCUUCGUUCUCGGCUGGCCCACCACAAAUGUCGUGGCCACUUUCAUGACCGCUGCGGCGCGAGAUCUUUGGUGGGGACGUCUAAACGAUCUCGUACGAGAGGAGAGUAUGAAGGAACCGCCACAUACAAAUAUUCAAAUCGUAUACCACGACAAUGACACGAACAGCGACUACUAUAAAACGAUCAUGGUUGGCUCCGAGAUGACGGCCCAGACCUGUGUGAAUAUGGCGGUGCCGUUGUGGGAUCUUCAAGGACCCUUCCAGUUGUGGGCCCGAACGUUCCCGGACGAGACGCCGUAUCCAUUGAUAGGACACGAGCGACCAUUCGCCGUGAAAAUGUCGCGUCUACGACACAUGCUAUCGGCGGAUGAGGGUUUCGAUCUAGAACAUAUCAACAACAGCGGCCUUGAUCUGUGUCAUUUUGUCCUUAGACCCGUGAUGAAAACGCCCGCGAAGAAAAACAACCGAUCGAAAAUAACCGGUCUGUUACGGCGUUCGCUGUCGUUGAAUCCCAGUCUUUUUGGCGUGAAUUUGUCACGGCUGGAUGAAAAUGGCUUGCCCAAGCCUGUUCUGGUGAUGCUGCAGCAGCUGUUCGCAAAGGGCCCGUUCACGCAGGGAAUAUUCCGCAAGUCCGCGAACGUUCGAAUUGUUCGAGAGUUGCGAGAUCAAAUCGAAUCUACGGGAGAUCUCAGUUGUCUAGAAGACGCGCCAAUCAUAGCUGUAGCUGCUUUGCUGAAGGAGUUUUUAAGAUCUCUACCAGAUCCUCUCUUGACUUCUCACUUGUUUCCUCUCUGGAUGGAUAGCUUGGAUACGCCAAAUCCCGUUCAAACCAUGAAAAGCAUUCUGGAUAGGCUUCCGAAGGCGAAUUAUACGUUACUUUCGCAUUUAAUCUGCGUGCUACAUCAUGUGGCAAGACGAUCGAAACGUAAUCUCAUGUGCGCCAGCAAUCUUGGCGUCUGUUGUGGCCCGAGUUUACUUUGGUCAUCAAAUCCGUCAGUGAAUCAGAGUAGAGCGAUUCCAACAAUCACCGAAAUGUUGAUCCGUCAUUGCGAGGAUUUGUUCGGUGCUGGCGUUACGCAACUCCUUGGAGAAGACACACGUAGUGAUAGCGGAGCCGAGGAAAGCACCGAUAGUCUUCACUCAGGUGGGAUAUCCUUGGAUAGUCUAGAUCUGACGGAGGCACCACGUAGAGAUCCCAUGUCCCUGUCAAGAGACUCAGGCUUAACCUUGUCAGACUGCCAAUUAUUUAUUCCGGAAUCGCCCGUAGGUUCGGAAGAUUCCGCUCCGAACGCUUCAUCGUCUAGUAAUUACGAUAAACCUCUCGCGAAGGAAGAAAAGUCCAAUAACAAAUCCUAUGUUCCGGUGUAUAGAUGCGGAUGGGAAGAAAGGCUCAAUGGUUACGCGUCCAGUAGUCAUAAUCAUACGAAUAGCACGGAGCAUAACUUUCGAGAGGAAAAGGCUAAUGCGUGUUACUCCAAUCCACCCCAAUCCAAUUUUCAGCGACAGGAUUGGCUACGAGCACAGCUCAAGAGAACACCAAGAACAAACAAAUUGGAUGAGCAUGAGCACCGAAAAGAAAGAUUCAGCGAUAAAGAUAUAUACGAUAGGGAGUAUCUCAGACAAGACGCGAUGAAGGAGAACGUGGAGAAUUGCAAGACUUAUCGUAGUAGGCAGUUGAAUGUAACGUAUGAUAUAUUACCGGAAGAUUACGACAGCAAGAGCUCGCAGCAAGAUAUUCGAAGCGCCGAACGAGUGUCGAUUCACGACUCAGAACAGGAUCUGACAAGGGGCAGCGAUACGCUCCGGUCAGACAACGAUCGUUAUGAAUUUAAGAAGAAAGAGUGCUUCAACGAGUUUAAGAAAGUCAAAUCCUCCGAGGUCCAGUACGUAAGUCUGGAAUCACCGAUGGCGGAGAAAGAACGUCGUCGCCAAGUCCGUGAUUGCGAACUAUACGAAGACUAUGUAAGAACGAAAGCGAUAUACAUAGAAGCGCUGAAAUACUGCAAAAGUAAAGAAACGAACGGUGAGUCGGACGGCAAGAUUAAUUAUUGCGAAGACAGAAGUCGAUCGAGCGAAGUUUAUGUAACCGCGGAUACAAACGAUUCAUACAAAAGUGUGAUAAUCGACAACCUCAGCGAAGACGAGCAGGAGGAAAGGACGUCAUGGCCGGACACACCGCCACCUUUACCACCGAGGCUCAGACAUUUACCGCCGGUGCAUAUGAAUCUCGAGGAUAGGCACAAAGUGGCCGGUAGGUCCAGGUCUCUGCCGCCACCACCUCCCUAUCGACCACCGCCACAACCUCGCGCUCCCAUCACCACGAGGCAUCUGGGCUUCGCUAGAUCCGUCGUUGAUGAUGAGAGCUAUGUUUGAGUACAGAAAACGGAUCUGUGCUACCUCACAGGCCUCAUUGACCCCUGUCUAUUAUCAUUUAUCAUUGAACAUAUGUAAUGUCUAAGUCGUAGAUCUGCUCUACGACGACUGAACCUAGUCCAAAACCGAAACACAUACAUGCGUAGUAUCAAGAACAAUGAAGAAGCCGUGGUGUUUGAAAGCGCAUCUUCACGGUUUUUUUAUAAGAGUGACGAGUACUUCGUCCUUCUUUGAUCAAACUUAGAAAUAACGAGAACGAUAAUGAACGAAAUAAAUUUUACAUGUGAGACGGUCAAAGUGGAAUUCGCUGUUUUUGUGCCGCCGACAAUAGAUCUUGGUCCGUAUUCUCGUCACUUUCAGCAUUAUUUUUAUUCGAUAUUCAUCUUUGCUAAAAAAAUCAAUUUUUGUAUAAAAACAAAAAAUAUUUCAAUUUAAACGAUCAUAUUCACACUCAUAUACACACAUGCAUACAAUUAAAGCGAGGAUCCGGACCUAUUAUUCAGUGAUUCAGGGUGCUUCCACGAAAAUGUUAGUACAUACUGUAUUAAUAUUUGCGUAUUUAAGUAGCUAACUAACGUAGAUUAAAUAAUGAACAAUAUUAGCGUCAAGAUGAUAAUAUGAGUAAUUUUUUCUUCUUACAUAAAUAUAAUCCUUGUAAAAAGUAUCAUUAAAAAGAUUUCCUACAAAUGUAUCAAGAAAGUUUUGUGGAAACACAAUUUGACGUUGUCUUAUUAAUAAUAUAUUAAUAAAUACAACAGUCGAUAAAUAUGUAACAUUUUUUUUGUAAUAUGUUUUAUAAUGUCUUAACCAGCAGAGAAUCUUUUAUUCUUGUAAAAAUUGAUUUUAACAGAUGUAUUUUCUAAAUCUAAUGUACUUUCUUAUCGAUAUUAUCGAUAUGUGACAUGUUUAUAUAUUUUAAGUUCGUAAAAAGUUGAAGGAGCAGUUGCGGAAACAGUUACAAUGAUAAAAUUCCAUAUAAAAACUCGAGAAAAUAAAUUUAUAAAAAGAUUUGUCAAAUCUUUUACUCGUGUAACUGAUAUUAAUUUGAAAGCUUUUUAAAUUUAUGAGAAUCGUAUAUUUUUCGGCGCUCUGUCUCUUUUUUUCUUUUUUUUAACUGAUCUAAGCAUUAUGUUUUUAGCUGUGUUUUAACAAAAUGUUAUUUUAAUGGAAUUACCAUUUUUCAAGAUGUUUUCUUCCACGUAUGUGUUCACAAAAUCUGUUAUUGCGUUUACCUCGAGCAAAAACGAUUCUUCUCUAUAAGCAUUAAUGAUAAUAAAUAAUAAUAAUAACAAUAUAUUUCGUUUCUGACAAUCGUAAUAUGAUUUGCAAAUAUAAGCCAUUGUGCGUGUAUAGUGCGAUUAUGUUUUUAGCAGAUACAAGAAACAGUGGAGUGUUAUUUUAUGAUUAGCCUUCUCGUUUUUUGUAUAUAUUAAAUUGUAAAACUGUCAUUUCUUUUAUAUCAUUAAACUUAUGAUACAAUAUGUAACACCCAUGAGGUAUGUAUACCUGUCUAAAUUAUAUAUGUUAUACUA